GGCUAGGCACACUGGUCGGAUAGUGUUUUGAUGGCAAAUACCCUAAUAUAGCGUCAUAAAUCAACUUGUUCCACUGUUUCUCAAGAUCGGUCACAGUUAGCAACUGCAAAAGCACCCCCAACAAUGGCAUCCUCUUCCAAUAUCGGUGUCAGACCCUUCAAACCCCAACAAUUCCCCUCCAAAUCUGUAUCCAAACACUUCCCUAGAUUGGGUUCGAUCCGCUGCUCCGCCACCUCACCGUCGAAACGCUACACCAUCACUCUGCUUCCCGGCGAUGGCAUUGGCCCCGAAGUCAUCUCUGUCGCCAAGGACGUCCUCAAGCUCGCUGGUUCUCUUGACGGAAUUGAAUUUGGUUUCAAGGAGAUGCCUGUUGGAGGGUCCGCGUUAGAUUUGUGUGGAGUUCCAUUACCGGAGGAAACCCUUUUGGCUGCCAAGCAGUCUGAUGCUGUUCUGCUUGGAGCAAUUGGAGGGUAUAAAUGGGACAAUAAUGAAAAACAUUUGAAGCCGGAGACUGGAUUGCUUCAGCUUCGGGAGGGUCUUAAGGUCUUCGCGAAUUUGAGGCCAGCUACUGUUCUGCCGCAGUUAGUGGAUGCUUCAACUUUGAAGAAAGAGAUUGCUGAAGGAGUUGACCUGAUGGUUGUAAGGGAACUUACAGGAGGUAUUUAUUUUGGAAAACCUAGGGGUUUUAGCACAAAUGAAAAUGGUGAGGAGAUUGGUUUCAACACUGAGGUGUAUGCGGCCUAUGAGAUUGAUCGCAUUGCUCGCAUUGCAUUUGAGACUGCUCGGAAGCGGCAUGGGAAACUUUGUUCUGUUGAUAAAGCAAAUGUUUUAGAGGCAUCAAUGCUUUGGAGGAAAAGAGUUAUGGCAAUAGCCUCAGAGUACCCUGAUGUUGAACUCUCACACAUGUAUGUUGACAAUGCUGCAAUGCAGCUUGUUCGCAAUCCAAAACAGUUUGAUACGAUUGUAACAAAUAAUAUAUUUGGUGAUAUUUUAUCGGAUGAGGCUUCGAUGAUUACUGGAAGCAUAGGGAUGCUUCCGUCUGCUAGUCUUGGCGAAUCGGGACCUGGACUGUUUGAACCCAUACAUGGUUCUGCUCCUGAUAUUGCUGGACAGGAUAAAGCAAACCCUUUAGCAACAGUGCUCAGUGCUGCUAUGCUUUUGAGGUAUGGCCUAGGGGAAGCGGAGACAGCCCAGAGAAUCGAAAAUGCAGUGCUGGAUACACUGAAUAGAGGGUUUCGUACCGGUGACAUAUACUCAGCUUCACAUAAAUUGGUAGGAUGUAAGGCGAUGGGUGAAGAGGUGUUGAAGUCGGUAGAUACUAAAAUUCCAGCUUCCAUAUGAAUCAUGGAAGAUGAACCCUAAAGAGCUCAUUUUUUUGUUUCUCUAUUCCUGGAGGAUUUUGAGAGAGUCACAUUUUUCAGUUGGAAGAUUAGAAGAGUCAGAUGUUUUCCAGGAUUAUCAUUGAAGGAUUCAAGUAGUGCUUCCUUUUUCUUUCUUUCUUUCUUUCUUUCUUUCUUCUUCUUCUUCUUCUUCUUAUCUAAGCUAUAAGUUGCAUUUUGAAUAUUUAUCUGAAACGUGUAACAUGGAGUGGAAAUAUGAUGCCAUGAUUACCAAUAUUUCUGAGAGAAAUGGUGCUUUGUUUAUGGAUUUGUUUGAGGGAAUUUAAUGAACACGGUGUUCUACUAA